GGUGCAAUCACAGGUGCGCCUUAUUAUUGUGUCAUUUGAACCGAAGUCUAAGUUUCGUCGUAUUUGGGUUUUCAACAGGCCUGUAAGAAAGCCACAGUUUCUUCAUUCAGUCCGUGUUCCAAGUUAGCUGUUAGCGUUAGCAUUUGGCUGGAACAGAGAGGACGCCUCGGUUAUAGUUAGCUAGCGUCUUUCUCAAACGAGGCCUGAGACGGUAACGGUAAAAGCGAAGGACGGGUAACUUCUUCUUCGAGAUAAACGGGCCACUUCUGUGAUAUUACAGAGGCACUUUAUCAGUCGGAGGAGCCUGUGUCCUCAAAAUGAGAGGUUCGUACGGAGACAGAGAUAGAGACCGUGCCCGUGACAGAGGCAGCCCUCGUUUCGGGUCCAGCAGAGGUGGACCACCGUCGGGUAAGAAGUUUGGGAACCCCGGGGACCGUUUACGAAAGAAGAGGUGGGACCUGGACGAGCUUCCCAAAUUUGAGAAGAACUUCUACAGUGAACACAUUGAAGUGCAGAGAAUGAGCCAGUAUGAUCUUGAGGAGUAUCGCAGGAAGAAAGAAAUCACUGUUCGAGGCUCAGGCUGCCCAAAGCCUGUCACCACCUUCCAUCAGGCACAGUUUCCCCAAUAUGUAAUGGAUGUACUGAUGCAUCAGAACUUCAAGGAGCCCACAGCCAUUCAGGCUCAAGGUUUCCCCCUGGCUCUCAGCGGGAGAGACAUGGUGGGCAUUGCUCAGACUGGCUCUGGGAAGACAUUAUCGUAUCUCCUGCCUGCAAUUGUGCACAUCAACCAUCAGCCCUACCUGGAGCGUGGAGACGGACCCAUUUGCUUGGUUCUGGCCCCCACAAGAGAACUGGCGCAGCAGGUCCAGCAGGUGGCAUAUGACUAUGGGAAGUCAUCCCGCAUCAAAAGCACUUGUGUGUAUGGAGGUGCUCCCAAGGGACCUCAAAUCCGAGACUUGGAGAGAGGCGUUGAGAUCUGCAUUGCCACGCCAGGUCGUUUGAUUGACUUCCUUGAGGCUGGAAAGACCAACCUGCGGCGCUGCACAUACUUAGUUCUAGAUGAAGCAGACCGUAUGCUGGACAUGGGUUUUGAACCACAGAUUCGCAAAAUUGUGGACCAGAUCAGGCCUGACAGACAGACCCUGAUGUGGAGCGCUACGUGGCCUAAAGAGGUUCGCCAGCUGGCAGAGGACUUCCUGAAGGACUAUGUCCAAAUCAAUGUUGGAGCACUGGAACUCAGUGCCAACCACAACAUCCUUCAGAUAGUUGAUGUCUGUAUGGAGAGUGAGAAGGACCACAAGUUGAUCCAGCUGAUGGAGGAGAUUAUGGCUGAGAAAGAGAACAAGACCAUCAUCUUUGUGGAGACCAAGAAACGAUGUGACGACCUCACACGCAGAAUGAGACGUGAUGGGUGGCCUGCCAUGUGUAUCCAUGGUGAUAAGAGCCAGCCAGAGAGAGACUGGGUGUUGUCAGAGUUCCGCAGCGGCAAAGCUCCCAUCCUCAUCGCUACUGACGUGGCCUCACGCGGUUUGGAUGUGGAGGAUGUCAAGUUUGUCAUCAAUUAUGAUUAUCCCAAUUCAUCGGAGGACUACAUCCACCGCAUCGGCCGUACGGCCCGCAGCACCAACAAAGGCACCGCCUACACCUUCUUCACCCCGGGGAACCUCCGCCAGGCCCGGGAGCUGAUCCGGGUUCUGGAGGAGGCCCGACAGGCCAUCAACCCCAAACUGCUGCAGCUGGUUGACACUGGACGUGGAGGAGGAGGCGGAGGAGGUGGCCGCCCCCGCUUCCGUGGUGGCUCCAAUUCUAACAACCCCAACCUGAUGUACCAGGACGAGUGUGAUCGCCGGAUGCGUUCUGUGGGUGGGAGCGGCAGCUCCAAGGACAGCCGCAGCAGCAGUAGCUACAGUCGGGACAGCAGAGACAGCCGCGGUGGGAGCAGCCGGGACGGGGACCGCACCUCCUCUUCCUCCUCAUACAGAGAUCGCAGCAGCAGGGACGGAGGACGCAGCUACAGCUCCAGCUCCAGCUCGUAUGACCAGUACCAGAAUAACAGCGGCGGCGGCGGCAGCAGCCAGUACGGCAGCUCCAGGGGCACAUCUGGGUCAGCGGGCGGUGGAGCGGGGCAGGCCCCGCCUCCAUCGUCGGUUCCCCAGCCUCUGAUGGCCCAGCAGUUCAACCCUCCCCAGCCCAUGAUGGGCCUGAUGGGGCACUCCCCUUUCCAGUUUGCUCCUCCACCACCGCCUCCUUCCUCAGGGAGAAAGUAACGUAAUCUGUGCACCACAGUCUCACACAGCACAACACACAUUACACACACUCACACAGACGGUUUCAAAACCAUUCAGAAGUGUCGUUUGUAACGAUUUUCGUCCAGUGUCACAUCAGCGUUCCUGUCAUGAGCUGGUUUGGGUUGCAACACAUCGGUGCACUGUGGUGUUGUUGUUAAAAUGUCUCACUUCUUCAGCAUCGACCUGGUUUGAAACCAUUUCGACUGGUUCCCAGAUCAUUUAGAAAUGGUCGAACCUUUCUGGUUUUGACUUUUUCUGUAAAGUCAAAUUAAUCAGCAUUAGUUUUUCAGUUUGACAGCAGCUCCUCUGUGUCACUUCACUUUUCACACGAUUGUCCUGAAAAAAGAUUUUUAUACAAAACGUGCUGUUUUUGUAUCGUGAGCCUCUUGACGUGAGCUGCUGCAGAGGAUUCAGAGAGUAUCUGAUUUUCCCUUUAGGUGUCUCAAAGGUAGGUGCUGAAGUUCCUCUUUGUACAUAAGCUCGUUUCUGUUUUCAAUAUCUUUAUUUUUGGAUUUAAAACUUUGUACGCUACGAAAUCAGUUUGAAUUACUGAAGAAAACUCGCCCCUGAUGUAUCUUGAGCAAAAGGGGUAAAAAUAUUUUUUUUUUUCCAUAAUGAGAUUUUUCCUUUUCAGACAUAGAUAUUAAUUUCAGCCUUAUAGAGGCAACUGUGCUGGGGCUUUGCAUUCAAGCCACAUGCAUGUAAAUGAGCUUCUCUUUCACACUUUCUAACUUUGUGUACUAACUAAUAACCUACGACCUGCUGUAGGUUACCUUUAUUCAGUUAAUCACCAGUGUGUGGUCGAGUCGUUGCCGCAGUGAUCAUGGAGAUUUUCCC